GUUUGUAACACUUACACACUUCAGUGAAAUCACUCUGCGUGGUCAAGAGAUUCCUGCCAAAUACCCGAAUGACGAGCGCUGUGAAUGGUUGCUUAUCAAUUUUCAAUAUAGAAUUCCGCAAUGGACAAAUUCCCAUUAUCCUGUGACACGUUUGUAGCACUGCUGCCAGCUACAGCCAGUGGCUAUGUGAUCUUCGGCAAGAACUCUGACAGGCCGGACAAUGAGGUUCAGGAAGUGAUCUACCGGCCCGCUGCAAGUUUUCAACCAGGGGAGAAACUGCAGUGCACCUACAUAGAGGUGGAUCAAGCGCUGAGCACCAAUGCGGUGAUCCUCAGCAAACCAGCCUGGAUGUGGGGCGCAGAAAUGGGGGCCAACGAGAAAGGCGUUGUCAUAGGUAACGAGGCAGUGUGGACAAAGCUGAAUGGCGCCGAGGAUUACACUGAGUGCCUUCUGGGAAUGGAUCUCUUAAGGCUAGGCUUGGAACGCGGGUCAAGUGCCCGUGAAAGCCUGGAGGUGAUCACAGCACUGCUGGAGACCCAUGGUCAGGGUGGAGCCUGCGCGGAGGGUGGAGACAUGUACUACCACAACAGUUUCAUCAUUGCUGACUGCACAGAGGCCUGGGUGCUGGAGACGGCCGGGAAAUUGUGGGUUGCAGAAAGGGUCACAGAAGGGGUGAGGAACAUAUCAAACCAGUUGACAAUCACUACAAAAUAUGACCUGUCUUCCCCAAAUCUGGUCGAAAAGGCAACUGACCUCAAACUGUACAAACCUGAAGAUGGCGAGUUUAACUUUGCAAAAGUUUUUGACCAGGAUUCCAUGUCCAGUGUUAUUUCACGAUUCUGUAACGGCCGAAAAUUGAUGAAGAAAUAUGCAGAGAAUGGUACCUUCUCAGUGACCGACAUGAUGAACAUACUCCGGGACACGGACAGCGGCAUCAACAGGCAAUCUGGCACCUGCGGUAGUCAGGUCUCCAUGUUACCUAGAAACAGCACCUCUGCCUCCAUAGCAACGGGCAUGCCUUGCUGCCAUUGGUUCACAGGCACUCCCGACCCAGCAGUCAGCAUGUUUAAGCCGUUCAUAUUCACGCCUAACGUUUCGAUUGGUCUCUUGACGACGUCGCCCGAUCACGGUGCGGACGAUCCUGCCAGAAAACAGCCGAGGUUUGGAGGCAAGGUCGAGCGAAGGCAUCCCCUUUAUAUUGCACACGAGAAAUUGCUGACAUUGCAAGUUCAGAAUGAGGCCAAGGCUUCAGCGAUUGUUAAGAAUGUUCGAGAUUUGGAGUUGAAUUGUGUCGCCGAUAUGGAUGAGGUGCUGAAAUGCUUUGAUGAAUCGUCAUAUUCUAAGGUGAAUGAAUUGUUCGAACAUAUGUCUAAUAUGGAGUCAAAUUUUUAUAAAUAGAUAGGUUUAUUUUUAUAGCAAGAAUUGUUACUUUUUCUAUGUAAUAGAAAACAAUCUAGUCUAUAGCAUCAAGUGAUAUUGCUUACAUGUUUUUAAGAGGUGAAUAUCUGCACAAUAUUUUGCUUGUGCGCUAAAUGUUGCAUUGACGUUCUUUACAUUGAAGACCAUUGUACGUGUGAUUGAUCUUAAAAAGGCCUGUUAUCAUCAAACAAUUUUUUGAAAUAAGAAUAAAUAAAAAUCUGAGUCAACACAAGAAUGGUCAAAUGUUUUGCUACUUUUUAAAUCAUGUACAAGGUUUAUCAUACACAUACACAACUUUGUUUUAUCAUAGUCUAUGGUUUAGUUUGACUAUUUGUAAACAAUUAACUAAAUGUUAGACUAAUAUGUACAUGUACUAGCUUUUGUAGUUCAAUUUUACAAAACCUUGUUUCCACCCUAGAUGUUACAAUUAUGACUCAAUCUAGAUCAUACUUGGUCAUGUUGUUAGUUUAGUGUAACCCUUUCAGUGCGGGAACCCAAUUUUGAAGGCCUUUGCAAACAGUUUGGAUCCAGAUGAGACGCCACAAAACGUGGCGUCUCAUCAGGAUCCAAACUGUUUGCUAUUCUGAUAAUAUUCUUUGAAAAAAAUCGAAGAAAAUGCUAAUUUUAGAAAUUCAGCAGACGGCAUUUUAGCAGACGACAAAUUUCCCAGCAUGCAAAGGGUUAAACCUAUUAAUUUUAGCUCAAUUGCAUCGAAAGCCUAUGUCUGAUUGAAACGCUAUCCAUUCCGUUUCCUGGGACAUAGAACCAGUACUUGGUGCCUUGGGGGAGAUUUAAAAAACUCCCACAGUGGGGAUCGAACCUGUGACCUAUUGAUUGCUAGGUUGACACCAUAUCCAGUACUCCAUGGCAACCUUGGUCAGAAUUUUCAUCUUGACACUAUCAAAUCUGAUGAUUAAUUGGGGUUACAUGUGCUGAAAACAAGGUCACCCGGUCAAAUUUAAUUAAGGUCCCCAUGGUGAAAUGGAUAUGGUGUCCACCUAGCGACAAGGAGUUCAUGGGUUUAACCCCACUAUUGGAGAGAUCUUUAGAUCUCCCCCAAAGACACUAAUUACAAAAUGUACUGGUUGCUAGGCCCAGGAAAUGGAUUUAAGAGCAUUUCAAUAAACCUAGAGUUUUCAAUGCAAGAGAGCAAAAAUAAAUGGGUUUAAACUAAAUCUAAGAAAAACCUUUUUACCAAUCUAGAAAUAAAUUAAGUUUAUGUUAAAUGUGGGAAAACUCUUGAUGAUAUGGUAUAUGAAAGUUCUGUUUACAUGUGUAUGCUUUUGUGGUAUUGUGGUUAAAGGUCCAGUAAAUUUGACAUGAUCAUAGUUUUGAGACAAGAGUGGAUUUUUUAAGCAUCCAUGCCCUAUGGACACAUGUCUCAUUCAUGUAGGUCUAUUCUAUUGUUCUCUUAUUCUUAUAAAGUCGGUACUUCUAACAGGUCAAGUCUUCAAGGCCUGGUGAUGUAAAAUAAAUUUUAGCUUAAGGAAAAUGGUAUCUUUUUGUUUUGUAUUUGCUGUUUUUGUUUUUGCUGUUAAGGGUAUCCAUCAACUAUGUGAAACAGAAAAAUAGGUGAAACAUUUUCCCUUUAAGACUAUUGAAUAUGUGGCAAAAAUCUGGGGAAAAUUAGGAAAUUUGAGGAAAAGGUUAAAAAAAUCCUUGAUAAAAAAUGAAUUAAAAAUUGAAGUGUAGAAUUUGUAAUUAAAGAAACAUAAUUAUAUGUGUUUUGCAACUAAAAGUGAGUUAUAAUUAAACUUACUCUACGAAACCUUAUAUUACUUUUGAAAAAAACAGACAAACAUCAAGAAAUUUGAUUUGGCCAGUCUGUUGUUGUUUUUCUUGUUGUUGUUUGUAAUUACCGGUAUGUAAGAUAUAGCAGUGUAUAUUUUGUGCUUAAAGGGUAAUGUUUCUUUAAAUGCAAAUUUAUUUAAGAUGAUGAUGAGGUUUUAAGGUGAUUUGACUGAAAGUGGUGACAGUUUUUGCUAUAAGCAUCUUGUAUGAAUUAAUUUUGGUGUUGUUAAUAUUAUAAACAGUGUUUACUUUUGUUCAGGUUGUAUGAUGAUGAUGCAAAGUUGCUUGUUGGAAAUUGAUCACAACUUCUUAUUGCUUCUUUAUAAAGUACCAAUAAAAGGUACUCUCCCAAUUGAGAAAAAACUACUAAAUUUCCGAUUUUCUUUUAAAAAAUUCCCAAAAGGAAAGAAAAAUUUCGUCAAUUUUCUUCCAAACUUGCAUUAUCUUCAAAUGAAGAAAUAAAAUGAGUACUCAAACUUAACAUUUCAAGCCAAAAUGCAUGUAAAUGAAUGUUUGAAUUUUUUGUGCAAUUUAUACCAAGCAAUUUAAAAGACCCAAAGUUCCCAAACAGAAGAUUACACGGUGCAAAUUUUCUUAAUUUUAGGGUUUUUCGAUAUAUUUUUUCACAAAUUUGUAUGGUACAGGUACUUUUCCCAAUUGGGCAAACAAAUCACUGGAUCACAACUGAGGUGUACAUGAAAAGAGCCGUUAAUCAUGUGAAAUACAUACAUCAAAUAAUGUUAACUUUUGUGUGUCAAAUAAUUAUUUCUUUCCAUCUUUACUUGAACUAAAAUUGCAUGAGAAAUUGAACGUUCAUUGAAUGGUGGGCAGAUCUUUACAUUCAUACUCUUUUAACAAGUCACAAAGGAAGCUAUGUGUCUUGAUUUUUUCUGAAAAAAUGUGAUAAUAAAUGCUUCAUUUUCUGAUCAAACUCAAAACACAUUUCUUUAAUGAAUCUUUAAGCAAAUGUUGGGACAAUUUAUUCGUAUGUUUUCUAAUAGGAUAUGAAUGAAAAAUAUUUUGUCUUUCCCAUUUCAUAAUGUGACUUAUUUGUUUGGUGUUAUGGUAAAGCUACAGAUGUUUGCUAUUUUGUUGCAAUUUAUUUAUUUAUUGUUGAUACAGUUUUAAAGAUGUUUUAAAUUUUUCUUGGUAAAUCAUCUAUUUUGGAAAAAACAGGGUUGAGUUAAAACCAGAUUAUCCCCUGGCCAAGAUUUCUUGGUCCCAUUAUCAAUACAAUCGUCACAUUUGUGAACUAUUUACUUCUGUUGCUACAGUGUAUUCUACAGUAAUUUCUACUUGUCUAUAUUAUUUCCAUCUUUAAUUUAAAUACAAAUAAAGUACGAAAUAUUUAAAACAUUCAACCCAAACAACAUACACAAGCCAUGUAUUUUAUAACAAUAGGUUGUUCCUAUUGAAGAAAUGACAUAACGUUAAAUUGAUAUCACAUGAAUUUACGAUAGUUUUUAACCUUUUCUGUGCACUGACAUGUCCAAGUCUAAAUAUAUUCGAUUGGUAAUCUUCACUGUAGAUCAGUACUCGACAUCAAUGAGUUUACUUUGCUGUUAAACCGAUAUUGUCAUCGUUAAAUGUUUGUACCAUUAUCGUAACUAUUAAACCCAAUAAAACAAUAAAAUAUA